CGUGUGGGAGCGGCUAGAUGCUAAUUAACCCUCCCUGUUGAAACACGUCUACGCCAAGCUACUGUUUAGCAGCUGGUUCACCCGUUCAGUACUCUGUUAUUUCCAUAUUCGGCUCUGCGCUGUUUUAUUCUCGUGAAGGAAGUAUGUCUGCUGAUAGAUCCGAUGCUGGCGGGGACACAACAGACGCGAAGCAAGACAAUGGAAAACAGUCAGCGGGGUCUUUGUCUGCCGCUGCUCCCAUGGAGGUUGAUGCUAAGCCUCACUCCCACAGCUUCAGAUACAGCAUGAACUUCCCCAGCAUUGGCCAGUGCAUCGUCAUCAACAACAAGAAUUUUGACAGGAACACAGGCAUGAAUCAGAGGAACGGCACAGAUGUUGAUGCAGGCAAUGUGUUUAAAGUAUUUACAAAGCUGGGGUAUACAGUGAAGAUUCACAAUGACCAAACAACCGAUCAGAUGAUUAAUAUUUUGAGAAAAGCAUCCCAGGAAGAUCACAGCAACUCUGCUUCAUUUGUCUGCGUUCUCCUGAGCCACGGGGAUGAAGGCAUAUUCUUUGGGACCGAUGGCCCACUGCAGCUUCAGAUGCUUACCUCGUUUUUCAGAGGCGACCGUUGUAAAUCUCUGGUGGGAAAACCCAAACUGUUCUUCAUCCAGGCUUGCAGAGGCACAGAUCUUGAUCCAGGUGUUGAAUCAGAUAGCCAGGAAAACACAAAGAUCCCAGUGGAAGCAGACUUUCUGUAUGCCUACUCCACAGCCCCAGGCUACUACUCCUGGAGGAACACCAUGAGUGGGUCCUGGUUUAUCCAGUCACUUUGUGACUUAAUCAGCAAAUAUGGAAAAGAAUUGGAGCUCCUGCAUAUCAUGACACGAGUAAACCACAAGGUGGCAGUAGAAUUUGAGUCUGUGUCCAAUUCACCAGGGUUCAAUGCAAGGAAGCAGAUCCCUUGCAUUGUGUCCAUGCUGACCAAAGAGAUGUAUUUUUUCCCUUGAUGUUGAAUUUACUCAGGGAACCUGAGCUUGACAGACAAGAUUAAGACUUGGGUUCGACAUAGUAGUUUCUACUCAAAUAAUCGGCUGAAAAUUACAUUUCUUGGUGCAACGUCAUGCAUUACAAACGUUAUUUUUCACGGGCUUUGGAAUUAGUUUCUCACUUUCUAUUGUGUAUUUCUAAAAUGAACGUUAUUCGUUUUUUAUUUUGCAUGUGCCUUUUUGUUUUAUAUACACACAGCUGUAGAAAUGUUUCAGUUUUUUUUUCUUUUUUUUUCUUAGGCCAAAACAAACUGAUAUACUAUAAAUACAGUUGAUGAAAACUUCCUGCUCUGUGAGUUUGAGCUUACAUGGUGUGAUUGAUGUGGGUUCUAGGUUGGUUUUCCCAUAAUUCA